AUGGGAUGCUGUCAGUCGAAAAAAGCUAGAGAUCAGCAGAAUACUCGCAGAGAACCAGUGCCACGUCACUAUCCGAAAGGUCGACCACCUAGUUACGAGCAGGCAGUGAAGCAGAAACCAGCUAGAAGAUCAAGUGUAGAGGAAGCGAAAAUUCAGAAUGAGAAGAAUAGAGAAAAAGAGGAAGCGAUGAUGAGGCAAGAAGAGCAAAAAGAGGAUCCGAACCGGGAGAAAGAAGAGAAGAUUGUUGAGAAGCCAAUGGAAAAGUCAGUAGAGAAAUCAGUGGACAAUCAAGAGAAGGAUGAAGAUGCUCCGAAUCCUUCUCCGGCUCCAGCUGCUCCUCCAGCAUCAAAAGACACAAAAUCAAUUUCGGAGCCAAAACAAAAGAGUAGUGAGCACUCGAAGAAUCAGCCACCUCCACCGCCUCCUCCCCAACGACGUCCACCGCCUCCGCCACAUCAUCGUCCACCACCACCUCCCGGAUAUCGUCCUCCUCCACCUUCAUACUAUCCUCCACCACCUCUUCCAGUCAUUGUCGGACCACCGCCAGUUAUCAUGAGUCCGUAUCCAUAUUACUACGAUACAGUUGUCUUCGAUCCGUUCUAUGAUGGAUUCUAUGGAGGAUACGGUUGUGAUGGAUACGAUUUUGGAUUCUAUUAUUGA